GUCGCCAAAAAAAGUGUCAUAAGGCUAUUAAAUACAUUAAGACACUCUCUGUCGCUGGUUUAUUAGUCUUCAAGAGUCUAGGAUCGAGUACUGACACUGCAAUUAGGGAUUAGAAGCUUAACACGCACCUAGCUGUAUGGGAGAUAACCCUAAGAAGCCUCGACAUAGACCUCCCUAUUAAAUAAAAAGAAAGAAGAAAAAGAGAUAUGGCGUCCUUAUUAAGCAAAAUAUUAGCAUUCAGCUCGAGCAACUCGAUCCGAGUGCCCACCAUCAAAUCCCAUGAUAUCGAGAAUCCCGUCGAGAAACCCGCAAAAACUCUCUAUCAUCUUGUGAGGUUGAACCAUAUCAAUCAUUCAGUGUGGAUUCGUGGGGAUACACCAGACAAUUCGACUACCUCUCAUAAUUUUCUGCCUCAACAUUUGGUGUCGGCAUUUCUUUUCGGAGCUGACAACUAUGCUCUUGAUAAUCUGUACGAAGCCAACUCUGGGCUUCUAGAGCCAUGGAAGGAUGCUCCCGGCGAGGUCGUCGGUAGCGACUGGAUGGAUUUUCUGGGGAAGAGGGAAUAUGAACGCGCAUUCCUGGAUCUCUUUGAGGACAGCCUAGUGGAAGAAGGCUAUGACUGGAAAGUAGUGCUCCAAAAGUACUUAUUCUCCGCUAAACAGCCUUUGAUUAGCUCGAUUACAGCUGGCCUGGGACGACCCUUGAUACACCUCGCGCUUGCACUGCAAAUGUCCAUCAAGGACAUUGCAAUGGAAGCCCUGACACUCGUGGCAACUGCUUAUUAUGACAACGACAUUCUCAAAUAUUCCGAUGAUCCAUCUUACUUUCAAGCAGAGCCAAUAUACAAGACUCCUUCUGUUCCCGAGAUCCUUGGUAAAGUCCGCACAGAUGAAAGAUUUACCAAUGAAGCCCUGAUAACGCCCGGAGAACACAACAUGGCAAUCAUCUUCCGUGACCACGAAGCCGCAUUACUAGAUCACUGCAAUGCAUGGAUGUUCCCGUCCGAUCUAACAACCCAUUUCCGUGAUAGCCAGAAGGCUAUCGUCUCACUCUUUCUGGGGACUUCAAACUCAGAAAACAAAUAUGACAAAUGCCUCUUGUAUCCACUACUAAUGAGUCAUGCGAUUCAGGUGCUUUUCCCUCAUAUUCCUGGGAAAGUACACAUCUCACUUGUGCAGCAGUGGUGGCUGACCACGUUGGCAAUAUAUGUGGCCCAGUUACGGCCGGAUAUCGACUUUGAUCUUAUUGAGGGGUAUGAUAUGGAAGGCAAGGACUGGAAUUGGAUUAGGCAACAGGCUUUGAAAGGUCCGCAUGCAAUGGAUGCAUAUUUUGUGUCGACUUUGCGCGUUUUGAGAGAGCUAGGAGAGGCAUGGGAGGACUUGGAAGGUUACUAUCUAAAAGCCGCGGUGAAAUUUGUGGAUGUUUUCGAUGGUUGGCAAUCUUAAAGAUGUACAAUGACUUGGUGACUCGGAGACUUGGUAGAGUAUAAUGAUUUAUCCUUCAAUGGCGGCCGCUAGCUAUCAUUGAUCUAUCCAAAUAAGUAACCUGAACGCCGUGCUUGAUCAUGACAACAAAUAUAGUCGGCUCGCUGUCCGGACAGAAGCGUCUCUUUCGAGUAACCUAUCAGUAGAGAGUCGAUCAUAUAUAUAAUCGCAACGUCGACUCAACCUUCUCCCCUACGUCG